UGUACUCGGAAUCAAGCAAAGGAUCUUCCCGUCAAAAAGAUAAAUUCGAAACGCGGUUGCACAAUUAUGACUUUGGGAGGAACUGGGCAAAUCGGGUCGCCUGUCACUUUCGCGAUCGUGCAUCGGAUCUGUCCCUCACGCAACCACAUGCACUCGUCCCCGCCGUUCUGGACUAUAAGAGCCCACCAUGUUCAUCAGGCCCGGCACCCCUCAAUCUAUUCCUUUACAUCCUACACCCCUCAUCGACCUCUACAAUGCCAGGAGGCCCCGUUGCGACUGGAGGCCAUGUCAUUGGCGCCUCCGGCUCCAAGGACAAGUUUGCCGGAAUUGCGAUGACCAGCUUCAGCGCGUUCGGUGGUAUCCUCUUUGGUUAUGAUACCGGCGUCAUCAGCGGUAUCAAAGAGAUGAAAGCCUGGCUGCGAGAGUUCGGCCAUCCUACAACCGACCUUGUCAAGCACCCGACGGGCUACUUCAUCUCCUCUUCAACAGAAUCCCUCGUCGUCUCCAUCCUCUCCGCUGGUACCUUCUUUGGUGCCCUGCUCGCUGCCCCAGUUGCCGGUUUUAUCGGUAGAAAAUGGGGUAUCAUCCUCGCCAACCUCGUUUUCUGCGUUGGUAUCGUCAUGCAAACUGUCGCAUCCUCCGUUCCCCUCUUCGUUGUCGGUCGUGUAUUUGCAGGUCUCGGUGUCGGCCUCAUCUCUUGCUUGGUGCCUAUGUACCAAUCCGAAUGGUCACCCAAGUGGAUCCGUGGCGCUGUAGUCGCCAGCUAUCAAUGGGCCAUUACUAUCGGUCUCCUAAUUGCUGCCAUCGUCAACAACGGCACGCAGAACCGCGACAACGCCUCCGCCUACCAAAUCCCCAUCGCCCUUCAAUUCGCCUGGGCUGCCAUCCUUGCUGGAGGCAUGUGCCUGCUCCCCGAAUCUCCUCGUUGGCUCAUCAAGCGUGGCCGCCACGCCGAUGCUGCUACUUCACUCGGCCGUCUUACCGGACAGACCCCCGACAGCCCCGAGGUUGAGGCUGAGCUCGACGAAAUCCGCACGAACCUCGAGGAGGAAGUCGCGCUUGGCGAAUCGUCCUACCUCGACUGCUUCAAGUUCACGCAUAACAGGAUUGCUCUCCGUACCCUGACUGGUAUCUUCAUCCAGGCAUGGCAACAACUCACCGGCAGCAACUUCAUCUUCUACUACGGUACGACAUUCUUCAAGAACUCAGGCAUCGACGACCCCUUCGUCAUCACGAUCGUCACAAACGUCGUCAACGUCGUCAUGACCCUGCCAGGCAUGUGGGGCGUCGAGCGCUUCGGACGUCGGCGCCUGCUCCUCGUGGGUGCGAUCGGCAUGUGUCUGUGCGAGUACAUCGUCGCCAUCAUCGGUGUCACCAUCUCAGUGACGAACGUUGCGGGCCAGAAAGUCCUGAUCGCCUUCGUGUGCUUCUACAUCGCGUUCUUCGCCUCGACGUGGGGUCCUAUCGCGUGGGUUAUCACGGGCGAGAUCUUCCCGCUCCAGCUUCGCGCGAAGGCCAUGUCGAUGUCGACGGCGAGCAACUGGUUAUGGAACUUUGGUAUUGGCUAUGCCAGGCCCUACCUCGUCAACAACGAGCCUGGAUCUGCUGGCCUCGAAGCCAAAGUGUUCUUCAUCUGGGGAUCGACGUGCUUCUGUUGUAUCAUCUUCACCUACUUCUGCGUGCCCGAGGCCAAGGGCCUGUCCCUCGAACAAAUCGACCUGAUGUACACCCAUACCCUGCCCAUGAACUCGCUCGAGUACCGCAGACGCCUCAUCGCCGAGGGCCCCGACUUCAUGCACCACGACGCAAAGCUCAGGCACUCGGGCGACGAGAAGGCGUAAG